AUGUUCUUACAUUCUCUUCGUGCAUUGUUCAUUUUGGCUUUUGCUGCCAUUAUUUUCGUACCGGCGUUAAUUAUUGGAGCAAUCGGUGCUCGUAAUCUACAUGUUAUUCGAGAUGAACAACGAGUUUAUACGAGCACCACAUGUUUUGUUUCACAAAUUUCUGACGAGCAACUUUCCUAUGAUUGUAAUUGUGAUGGAUGUCAUCCAUCUACAUGCUAUGCUGAACAUUUUUCUGUACGAUAUCUGAUUUUUAAUGCAACAUUUGUAUCCAGCAUGAUUCACAUCGACGAGAUACCAACACGAUUGCAGGUGAAGGUGAACAAUAGUUACACGUGUUUCUACGAUCGAACGAAUGUCCAAAAGGUACAAUGGUUAAGACCUAAUGAACGACCAGCAAUAACAUUACUCGUCGUUGGUUUUAGUAUCGCUGGUGUGAUCACUAUUGGAGUAGUUAUCAGUCAAAUAUGGAUCGAUAGAGAGAUGGCUGAUUCUUUGAAAGAUAUUCAAGGUCAAUUUCGAAGCAAUGUUCAAACACAGGAGAACUUCUCUAGUCUUCCUGUUGUUUACGUGAAGAGCCAUAUUACCGAACAACGUAUUAUAUGGCCACAACAGCCCGGUGCUCAAACGGUUGCCAAUGAAACUCCCAGCAUACAGCCAACUGAUUCGUCACUGCAAAAUGGUGAACCAGAAUUGUUUCAAACCGCACAGAUAACUUCUGACCACCCGUCAGUUGGGGUUCAAAGAGCAAAUGUUCAAAAUGGAAAUCUAUCAGAGAAUGAUGCACCACCAGCGAAUAGAAGCAAGAGACCCGCGUCUAAAUGUACCAAUGGCCAUCAAUCAAAGAAGAGACGUGCCACUGUGCCACACGCACCGACUCCAACUCACGAGAUGGCUAUUGGUUUAUUAUUCCCAUUGGAAUCCAAAAUAGACAAGCGUAAUGAACGACCCAGUAAACUAAUCGAUUGUUUUGGAUGGGUUCCCCGACUGAUUUUAUAUGGUAAUUCACUGCCCAGUGAAAUUGAUGUAGAACUGGCAUCAAUUAGUAAAAAAAGGGAAGGUGUUUAUUACUACAGUGUCUAUCCAUUCGUGGAGUAUCAAGAAAAUCCCGUUCUCAAGAAGUUCGUGAGUAAAAUACGUCGUCGAGUGGCAGUAGAAAUGUUAUGCGACGGUAUUGGCAUCAUCCGGCUUGACAAUAUCUCUGUGCAAAAUCAAAGAAGCGAAAUAUUGGGAAAACCGAAUAACAAAAAAUUUCCAUUAAAGAGCUAUCCAUCAGAUAAAGAAAAAUACAUUAGAGCCAAAGGUCCGACGGCUUUUGUCAAGAGAUAUAAUCUAGCUAAGCCAUGUCUAGCUAUUCGUUUAUUUCCUACGGGUUCAUCGGUACCAAUAAAAAUCAAUACUAGUGAAGAAGAUCGUUACACUUUCUUUUCAAAUAUUCUUACUCCAGGUAACUAUAGACCUCCUUACUUUCUGAAUGAUCUUCAAGGCUUAUCAAUAGUUCCGAAUCUUUCACAGCCAAGACUGGACGAUCGCUCGAAAAUAGAAGUUAAAUAUUGUAACUCAAGUGCAUUUAUUGGCUCUGAUGGUCAAAACCGCUUUAAUAUCAAUUUCGUUAUCACAUUCCCUGAAGAAAUGCUUGACGAGCUCAAAAGUAAUGGGAAAUGGUUAGAAAUUUCAUUGCCAGACGACCAAGAACUACACCACAGUUAUUUUAUCCAAACUGAAGAUGGUGGUAGUAAUUCAGUGUGUUUAUAUAUUCAACACACAAUCAUUUCGUUAACAGUUACCAUCCUUGAGUGCAAGCUUCCAGCACCUGAAGAAGUUAUUUCCACGGAAUCAGCGGAUGUUGUAUCUACCGAUUUAGUAUUGGCUCAUUUAGCUAGUGUUCCUAUUCGUACAACGAACGAAGUAAUGCCAACGACGCCAUUGAAAGUUCGCUUUCAGCUGGUACAUACAAAGCCAGAUGCUAAUGGUCUCAGAAAAAUUAUUCGUUGUCCUGAUAUGCCAAUAUGGGAAAAUAUUAUCAAUAUCGAACCAGAUACUGCUUACUGUGAUAUAUCGAACAAUCAAUCCGAUGCAUCAAAUGCUAUUUUAUCUGAACAACCGGUGAUUCCAUCAAGUGAUGAUUGCAAUGAGCAAUAA